AUGCCUAUCUCCAAGAACACCACAAAUUUGGGCCAGAUCGUCGAGUAUAUUCCCGACCGACUCUACCUCGCCGCCUACGUCCAUCCCCCGACGGCCGACACACUCUUCCCUUACUCAGACACACCCGUGGGCGCCAGCUCCCGCUCGCCGUCCAAGAGGACGCCGGCGCAGAAGAAGCAGCCCUUUUACUUUUCCGUUGACGACAGCCUCCUUUACAACGCCUUCCACCAUGACUUUGGCCCGCUCCACAUUGGCCACCUCUACCGCUUUGCCCUGUACUUCCACGAGGUCCUCGCUGCCAAGGAGAACAAGGACAGACCCAUUGUCUUUUGGAGCAAGGCCGACCCUAGGAGUGAGUUAUCGAUCCCCACCCCCUUCAUGCCCUUCCGCGACGCCGGCUACAGCCAAGCCGACUACGGCAUCACGGUGCAAGACGUCGUCUACGGCGUCUGGAAGGCCAAGGAGGAAGGCGUCGUCGACCUCGAAAAUUUUGACCUGGACCAGUACGAAAGGUUCGAGAGGGUGGAGCACGGCGACUUCAACUGGAUCACCCCCAACUUCCUCGCCUUCGCCUCCCCCAGCACAAGCCCGACGGCACCUGCCCCCAUGAAGACGGUGCGCAAGUUUAUCCGCCUCGUCCACGACAUGAUCACCAACAAGAAGAAGAACAUUGCCGUGCACUGCAAGGCCGGCCUCGGCCGCACCGGCUGCCUCAUUGGCGCCUACCUCAUCUACCGCCACGGCUUCACCGCCAACGAGGUCAUUGCCUUUAUGCGCUUCAUGCGACCCGGCAUGGUCGUCGGCCCCCAGCAGCACUGGCUCCACAUCAAGCAGGGCACCUUUCGCGACGCCUCCAACCGCACCCCGCUGAGCGAGCCCCGCAAGGCCGCCCGCACGGAUCGCCACCACCCUUACGGCCGCACCGCCUCCGCCUCCCACAACCACACCACCGUCGAGGAGGAGACGGGCAUCGAAGAGGAGACGGAAAUUGUCGCCGUCCACAGGACGUCCCACGGCGGCGCCGAGUCCGACGAGGAGAUUCACCUCCGCGUCCGAGCCCACCGCAAGGCCUCCCAGACGUCGAGAACGUUGGCCCCCACCGCCACGAAACCCGUCAGCCGCGUGGUUAGCACCCCCGCCGGCGUCGGUAGCACCCUCGCCAAGGUCCGCGGUAGCCAGCGCCGAGACUCUCCCCUCCGGUCCCACGCCAGGGAACCCUCUGUGCCCUCUGCCGGCGUACGCAAGACGAGCGGUCGCAUGGGCAGCGUGAGCGCUCAACCUUCUGCCACGGCUCGCAAGGUCUCGGGCGGUGCCUAG